AUGAGUUUAAACAAAAUUAAAUAUGAUGAGCUUGAGGAAUUAAGGAGGAAAAAUGAAGUUAUGAUGAAUUUGUUAAAUAAGCUAAUAGCUUUUGAUAAGAAAAGGGUUUUUCUAUAUCCAGUUAAUGUACAGUUUGUUCCCGAUUACUUAAACAUAAUAAAAGAACCAAUGGAUUUCACCACCAUGAAACAAAAAAUUCAGAAUUUUAAAUAUAGUAACUUUCAAGAAUUCGAAAAGGAUUUCUUCUUAAUUAUCAAUAAUUGUUACACAUACAAUGACAAAAGUACUAUAUAUCACAGGAUAGCGGAAAAUGUGGAAAAUUAUUAUAAAAAAAUUACCCCAAAAAUAUAUAGGAAGUAUGUUAAUAUACACCUUCUAUAUAAUAGUGAGGAUAGGGAUAUUUUAAAUAAUGUCUUGUAUGACACGAACACAAAUGAGGAAAAAACAGCACCCGUAAAAGAAAAUAAAAAAAAUCUUAGGACGAAAAAACAAGGAAAGGUAGGAAGACCCAGCAAAGGAAAUGUAGAAUUAAAAAAUAAUUACACUGAUAAUAUAGAUCAAUCCAAGAAUGCUCUUAAUAGCAAAAAAAAAAAAAGUAACAAUAAAAAUUUAGCAAAAACAGAUGUAACUAUGAAUGUUAAUGAUAACUUUUAUGAUAAUAUAUUCGGAUCAUUUAACAUUAAUGCCAUAAAUGACAUGUAUGCAUAUGAUGAUACAUGCGGAAGUCUAGAAAACAUGCUAGAACAAGAAAAUUUUUCCGAAGUAUUAGAUACAAUUCAAAAUAGUAAUGAUAAAUCGAAAGAUAUUUUUAAUUUAUUAAUAAAUGUACUUUCUGAUAACAAGAGUAACUAUUCCACUAUAUGUAACUAUGUAAAUAUAAGUAAAUCAUUGCAAAAAGUAAUUUUUGGAGACCCUGUUUCGCGCAAAAAUAAAAAUAGGGAAUAUUCCCCAACUUGUUGUAACGAAAAUUAUUCACAAUUAACCCAAAAUGACAGAAAAAGAGAAAUUAGCAAGGUUAUUGCAAAUGUGGAUAUAAAAAAUAAAAAGAUUAAACUGCCAAAUGAGGAAGAAACAAAUAAUCAUACUAUAUCCAUUUCCAGUAAUAAUGCCCAAAGUGAUACCAAUGAAAAGACAAACACAAGCAUUGAUAAAGAAGCAAACUGUCCAUACAAUGAGUCCCCUUCAUGUCUACCCAACAAUAAUGAAAAUAACAAUUCAGAAGAAUUAAGUGAAAAUCUUAACAACUCAGACGAAUUAAGUAGUGCUAGAGUAAAAACAGACAAUUUUCAAGAUAAUCCCCCAAUGAACGGAGAAAAUAUUGCAAAAAAAGUAAAACCUCCAGAUAAGAACAGUAAUCCGGAAACAGAUUUUGUAACGUACAACAUUGAAAAAAAAGAAUUAACAAUGAAACAACUAAAUUAUAAAGAAAGCGUAAAGAAUUUUAUCGGAGAAGAAAACCUUCCCGCAUUCAUUGAUAUAUUCCCAAAUAUAUAUAACAUUUUAGACAAUGCAGAUUCAAAAAAUUUAUACUAUUCUGCUUUUAAUGAUUUAAGAAUUUUCGGUUUAGAUGUAGCAGAUUUUAAUGAAUUUAACCAAAAAAUUUCAUAUAACAAAAAUUACUUAAUGGGAGUUGGAAGAUACCACAUAAAAAAUGUUCUAACUUUGGACAAAAAUUUGUCAAACUUAAUGCUUAAUGAAAAUAACAAAACCCAAUUUUGCGACAAGUUAAAGUUAUAUUUGACAAACAAUAAAAAUAAACGCGAAGAAAAAAAUGCAACAUGCCAUUAUAAUGAUAAUAAUAGGGCCAAACACUUAGAUAUAAAUACAAAAAAAGGUGUGUUAAAUAGUGAGAAUAAAACAGAAGAUAACUCACAGUUCGAAAUGACGAAUGAUUUAGAAAGUCCCAUCAUUACGAACUUUGAAAAUGUUAACAAUUCUCAAUUACCCAGUAAUAAUACUGGGAACUCCGAAAUGCAAUAUAAAGCACCCAUAGAUAAUACCUGUGGGAAGAGAGAAAAUACCAGUAGCCACUUUGACAACCCCCAUUUCAUGUGUAAUGAUGCAAAUUUUGAUCAUGAUUUCAACACAAGUAGUGAUCAUUUUUCUACUGAAUCAUCUGACACUGAUAAUUUGGACAUGAGGAACUUUUUAUAUACGUACAACUCGUUUAACAGGAAAUUUUUAAGAAGACAAAAAAUUCAAAAAAUAUUGAAAAAUAGAAUUGCUAAUUUAAGUAAACAAAAUAAUAUGUAA